GCGCUUCGUAUGCGAGGGGUGGCUUGUACUUGUACGUUGUGCCGGCAAUCAGUUUCUCUCAAACUUUUCUUUCUUGCUUCCACACAUUUUCUCGCCGCUUCAUUGCGGCUCUCCUCUUGGGUUUUGCUUCACUGAUUCUGUUCUAGUUUUAACCUGCGGCAGAGGAGGAUUGGACAUCAACCUUUAGAUUUUAGAAGAACGCUUCAUCGUUUUUCCCUUCCAGUUUAUCAUUGAUUGAAUACAAUGACGAUACCGGAUUAUCCCACUUGUUUCGUCGAAGCUGCGGCGUCUAACAAUACUGUUUUUGUCGAUACUAGUCUUGGCACUCACUUGGCGAUGGCCGUCUCUGACGGUGAUACUGUCUUCGAUGUUAAAGAAAAGAUAGAGAAGGAACAUCCACUGUGUUUUCCUCAUCUCGGGGCCAUAAAAAUUCAUGCAAUUAAGGUUACGCGCAGAGGGUACUUCUAUCACCUUUCUGAUUCCAUGUAUUUGAAAAGUGCAUUUGUUGGCUACGACGACAGUUGGUUUCUUUCUAUUGAUGCUUCUACUGUUGAUGGUCACUCAACUGACCCUAAUACUGGCAGUGUUGCUAGAAAUAAUCAUAGUGGACAUCUACCUAAUUAUGAUGCUCAAAAAUUGAAAGACAUUGUGGCUCAACAAUAUGUCAAUGAAGAAGCCCCUGAUUCAUGUCAUUCUAGUAAAAGAGAUUUAAUGAUCGAGAAGGCAGAAGUUACUCAUUCUGUCAAAAAUCGCAGCAAACAUCAAUCGAGCAGGACAAUGAAUGACUGUGAAGGCUUCAAUGAAAAAUUGGAAUCUCUGCCGGCUGUGAAGCAGAAUCAUAGAAGUAAGAAAAGCAAAACAAUAUUGAUUAAUGAACACAAAUUUGCUAAUCAUACUAGUGAUGAUAAUGAUCAAAAUCCACUGCAGCAAGUCGUUGGAUCUAAUGAAAAAUCCAAGGAAUAUGCACAUAAUGAAGUUUCCGAUCAUCCAAUGAUGGAAAGCAAAUCCAAUGUAGAUGAACAUGGUCAGAUUUCAUCUUCUGAUACAGGCAAUGUAUCUGAAUCUGAAAAUGAAAGGAAGCGAAAGUAUAAUUUACCCGAUGAAGCUGAAAUUUCUGGCAAAAAUGAUAAAUCCAAAUAUCUGAUUGACAAUACUGCAUUCAAAGUAGCUGCACAGGCUGAGUCCAUCGUGGAAAAAAUCCACAAGACUGAAAUGACAAUUAGAGUAAUGAAUGGGGUGGAAGGAAACAGGGAUCUGGUUUCUGAAUCUAGGAAUGCGACAUCUACAUCUAAGGUUACUUCCGAAUACUUGCCAGAUGAGAAACAAACUCCACAAGUUGUCAUAGGUAGUUUGUCUACUGAACCUUACGCUCAUUUGCUCAAGUCUGCUUCAAGUGGUGUGAAGAAGAGGAAAAAGAAAAGCAAAUCUGAGUUGUCAGGUUGUCCAAAUCAGGUUGUUGAUUUGAUUUCAUCUAGAGUAGGGGAUCAACAGGAUGCAAGUCGAGAAUCUGAUAUAGCAACUGUCCCCAGUCGAGAUGUUGAGGAGAAAUCAAUUCCCGACCUCCUCGAAACAUCUACAAGGGAAGUGCAGUAUGAAUCUAUCGAUAAAACUGCAGAAAGUUACGCACCGCCCCUGGUUGGAGAGUCCCAUGGUGAUAAGAACAACAUUGAACUUCCUAAUGUCCAAAGUAUAAUGGAUGCAUCUGAUAAACCGGUGUUAGGAGGAAUGGUAGGUUCAGAGGAUCUUGCCUCUAAAAGCAAGGACCCCACUGAUCUCCAGAAAAGUAUUGGUACAUCCGAGGAUGCCAAUAAUGUACAAAGGAAUCAUCUUACGCACAAAACUGAAAAGUUUGUUGCAGUUCUAGAGGAAAGAGAUUCCCUGCAGAUUGCUGAUGCAAAAGCCUCAAUGGUAGAGAACUGCCACUCAUCAAGCUGGGAUGGUACCAAUGCUGACACUAACUCUAAAGCUAUGGAAAUUUCUAAAUUAGUUCAUUUAAAGGGAACUGCUGAAAAGACCAAGCAUGGUAAGAAAAAGAAGAUUAAAAAGUCUAGGGAGUCAGCAGAAGAAAGGCAGAUUAAUUUAGUCACAGCAGGUGCUAGAGAUUCCGCACAAGACAUUUCAACUGAGAUGCAAAGUUGUACUUUAGGUGAUAAUUCCUGUAGUAAAGCUGAGAUUGGAGAAAGGAACGUUUCUCUAAUGAAAGGAGAAAACACAACUAAUACUUCUAUAUUGCCUGAUGUGAGGAACAUAGAUUUAGAUAAACCAAAUACAAGUAAGGUGGAACCUUUGCUGCAAAUCAACAAAACUCAAGCUGUAGCAAAAGACAUGGAUGGGCAGGUGAGAAAGAAAACUAAGAAGAGACCUGUGGCAUCAAUGAAAAGUACACCUGACCUUCAGGCAGAAAGUAUCGGUAAUGAGGAUUCAUUCUCUUCAAAGAGAAAUGACAGGGAAGUAAAACCUGUGUCUAUAGCGGCAAAGAAAACUAAGUUUUCAAAAUCUAAUUUCAGAAAUGAGAUUGAAGAAGAAGAAAAUUUGGACUCUACGCGGUUUUCAGAGGUUGAAAUCAGUCCCAGUUAUUGCAAGAAAUCUAAGACCGUUAGGUCCUCCCUAAAUCCAUCUCACAUUUCUGAAGGCUAUGAAGAUAGGUAUGUAGAAGCAAAUAGAUUUAGCAACACCACUGAAGAUUGUAAUACUGGUAAGGUCGAUGAUGUUGAAGUCCCUUCUGAAAGCAAUAAAGUUGGCAUCGAGGAAAAUGCUGACAGAUUCCAACACGAGUCUGUUAAAUUGCAGGUUGACAAUUUGAGUAGAGAGAAAAGUGUGAAUACUUUGCUCAAAGCUAAAAGAAAAAAGAAGGAUCCAAGUGCCUGCUCUUCUGCGGCCUCCUUAAGCAUGCAGAACGCACAGAAGUCAGAUGAAAACACGGAGAAUGAGGGACAUUGCCUAACUAGCAACUCUAGCGCUCUUCAACUUCGUGGAUCUUCGUCAAAGGAUAAAUGUGAUGCAAUGCUUCAUGUUGACAAUAAGUUAAAGAAAAUUUCAAGAGGUGGGGUAAAAUCCCUGCCUUCUAAUGAGCCUAAACAGAAAACUUCUGACUCUAAUCAAGCAGAUGGGGUGAGGGGAAAAGUUGUUGAUUCUUCUCGAGACAGUACUGAGAUAUACAGUGAAACUUCUUCUUUACCAAAAACAAAACCAAAGAUGAAAAAGUCGGCAAAUAUGGUUUACCAUGAUCAAAAGCGCAAGGGGCAUCAAUCUACCGGUAUUGGUCGUCCUGAGGGUGGACGAAAAUCUUCUCAGACUGGAAAGAAAGAUGUUACUCAAUCGCAGCGAAGGAACGUGUUGCUUACUUCAGGAGGCAUAUUUAAGGAUGCUAGCAGCGAUAGUUCUGAGGAUGAAGCAGGAAUUGUUGAUUCAGAUGCCAGUACCAAAUCUCCAGAUAAUUCACAAAUAUCCGACUUCUCAGAUGGUGAAAGCAAUGAAUCUGUUGACUUGGAAAGAACAAACAUUCGUAGAAGUAGGAGAAAGAACGACCCUUCAAGCCCUGAGAAUUUGACCCUUGACACGAUCCUUCGAAGUUCAAGUAGAUAUAAGAAGGCAAAGAUGACAGCCUCCCAAUUACAACAAGAUGAUACUGAAAGCCAGCCUGUUGAUUUUGUUCCAGACAGUCAGACUAAUACUUAGUUCGUUAUUGUCAUGUACCUCCUCCAGGACCAAUAUUCCAGAUUGCAUCGUCAAACGUUAUUGUGCUUGUCUAAAUUUGUUAAUGGGAAUUGUCACGAUAUCAGAUAAAUUUGGAAGGAAAUGAAAUCCUUGGGCAUCUUUUGGAUGCUUGCAUGAUAUUUCAUGCUGGGCUGUUUUGUAGUAAGCACGAAUCUUAUUUUGAAGUUAAGGAUCAGUUGAACUAUAGUUUACGAAAA